AGAAGACAAAAAAAAAACGAGUGAAAACAAACGAUUUGGAAAAUUAUUGGUUGCCGUUGGUGCGUUAGGCACAGCCCUCCACCCUUUUUUUUCUUGCUUUAAAUCUAAAAGCCAACCACCAAGCAUUUCAUUCUCUUCAAAUUCUCUUCAUUCUUUCAACUGGGGAAGAAUUUCUGCUUUAAUUUCCAGGUGAGAAUCUGGUUUCGCGUCCGUUUGAGUUUGAGCAAGUCAUCUUCCUCAGUUUUCUCUUGGUUAUCAAAGACGGAAGCCAGGGAAUGCUGAAAGAUGUGUGUCAAGUUCGAGAACUCUCCAUCUCUUAUUGAUGAGGUUGUAGUUCUGUUUGGGCUGCCCUUGCUUAUCAAUGAUGAGAUUGAUAAAACUCGCAACGAGUUCAGAUUCUAUGCUCAAGUGCCCACUUCAGUGAGAAAUAUAGGCGGGCACAUCUUGUCAAAACAUGAUGUCUAUGAAGAUGGUUGAACUUUUAUAUUCUUGAGAAUAUAGCUUCUGUAUUAUAUAUUACGCUAUCAGGUAGAAGUAGCUUCUGCAGUGUACAAGAAUAGUAGCUGGAAAUGGAAAACAAAGGGAGCGUGUUGAUGCAGCGGUUUGAAUUGGGGCGAUUAUUAGGGCAAGGAACCUUUGCCAAGGUUCACCAUGCAAGGAACCUUAAAACCGGCAUGAGUGUUGCGAUUAAGAUAAUUGAUAAAGAGAGGGUCUUGAAGGUCGGAAUGAUAGAUCAGAUUAAGCGAGAAAUUUCUGUCAUGCGACUGAUUAGACACCCGAAUGUUGUGGAGCUAUAUGAGGUAAUGGCCAGCAAAACCAAGAUUUACUUUGUCAUGGAGUAUGUCAAAGGCGGUGAGCUCUUCAACAAGGUUUCCAAAGGCAAGCUAAAAGAGGAUGUUGCUAGGAAAUAUUUUCAGCAGCUCAUCAGUGCUGUUGAUUACUGCCAUAGUCGAGGAGUCUGCCAUCGAGAUUUGAAACCAGAAAACCUACUUUUGGAUGAGAACGAGGAUCUAAAGGUUUCAGAUUUUGGAUUGAGUGCCCUUGGUGAAUCUAAGCGCCAAGAUGGUCUGCUUCAUACAACCUGUGGAACCCCUGCAUACGUUGCUCCAGAAGUAAUAAACAGGAAAGGCUAUGAUGGCGCCAAAGCUGACGUUUGGUCAUGUGGGGUGGUGUUGUAUGUUCUAUUGGCUGGCUAUCUCCCAUUUCACGAUUCAAAUCUGAUGGAGAUGUAUAGGAAGAUUGGUAAGGGUGAAUUCAAAUUCCCGAACUGGUUUUCUCCGGAAGUACGCAGGUUGCUGUCAAAGAUCAUGGACCCGAAUCCAAAUACUCGGAUAUCCAUUGCCAAAAUUAUGCAGAGUUCUUGGUGCCGGAAGGGACUCGUCCAGAAACCUGUAAUUGCUGAGGUACCAAUGAAAGAGCCAGCCCCUCUGGAUGUUGAUGCAAUUUUUGGAGCUAAUGAAGAUAGCAAUUCUUCUGUGGAGUCAAAGCAACAAUUAUCAAAGCCAUCUAACUUGAAUGCUUUCGAUAUCAUCUCCUACUCAGCAGGAUUUGACUUGUCUGGAUUGUUUGAGCAGACAGAUCAGAAAAAGGAAGUGCGGUUUACGUCCAACAAAACGGCCUCCACCAUCAUCUCUAAGCUGGAGGACAUUGCCAAGCGUCUGAAACUGAAAAUAAAGAAGCGGGAUGGAGGGUUGUUGAAAAUGGAAGGGUCCACAGAGGGCAGGAAGGGGGUGCUGGGCAUUGAAACCGAGAUAUUUGAAAUCACCCCGUCUUUUCAUCUGGUAGAAGUGAAGAAGUCUAGUGGAGAUACACUGGAGUAUCACAAGGCCAUGAAGAAAGAUUUCAGACCAGCUCUCAAGGACAUCGUUUGGACUUGGCAAGGAGAGGAGCAGCAGCAGCAGCAGCAGCAACAACAAGAAGAGCCACCAGAACUCGGGCAGCAGCUGCCGCAGCAACAAGAACAAGAGCCGCCACAGCUAGGGCAGCAAGAGCAACAGCCUUCUCUGGCAAUCCCAGUGCACGCAGUCGCACCCUAGGAUUCAUAACAAUCGAAGAAAAAAAGGGUAGCGGAUUCGUUUGUAGUAUGUCAUAGUAUGAACUUUGUUGGUCCAUUAUUGAGAAACAUUAAUCAUUGUAGCGAUUGCAAAGUACAAUGAAUGCAAGAAUUUGAAUUUUUCUUAAA